AUGGAUUUGCUGGAAUUCAUCACGCUCCUUGGAAUCAUCACGUUUCGCCUGCACUGCCGCUGCGCCCACAUGCGCAACCGCGCGCACCGCGUGCAGGCGGCUGGUCGGAUAGAACACCUGGCCACUUUGGGCGACUGCCCGGAGGUGAUGGCGCCAGGGGCCCCGGACUCGUCCGAGAAGAAGAGGAUAGAGAGGGAGGGGGAGGAGGAUGAGAGUCACUUCUCCAAAGAGCUGAACUUCUCCAAAGAGCUGAACUUCCCCGUGGCAUGCGCAAAACAGAAGGGUCUUGUGAGGAAAUGGUGGGCAGAACAGGUGACCUUUGCCACGAUGACAAGGUGUGAGCUGAAGAGAAGGAACACGGAUGUGGACAAGUAUCAUCGCCGACAAUUGCCUGGUGGUGAUGUAUGUGUGAAGAUCUCGAAACGAGAUCUUGCAGGAGCACCUUCAGAGUUCAUGACAAGCAAGGUGCUUGCGGGAAGGCUGAGCUCAUACACCGAGUUCCGUGAGCCUCUUUGGCCGUUUUGCCACAUCAGCAGCAGCGUGAUGAAAGGAAAUCCUUUCUACCACACGUACUCAGUCUUGGACGUCAAUGACGGUGAGUUUCAAAUCCUAUUGGAACGUUUCGAUGAGAAGAUUCAAAUCCUGGUCGCACAGGGAUCCGAUUUUCGUGGAGUUACUCAACACUUUAUGGCGUGUGGAAAAUCCCGUGCGUUGUUUGGGAUUCCAGAAGCUACAAAACCGGUGCAGAAGCCAAUCACAGUGCAAGAUUUGCUUGAUUGGAUGGGUUCCUCACUAGCUAGCCGGUGGGAGCCCUACGGGCUUGUACUCAACAACUGCCAGCAUUUUCAGGCAGAAUUGCAAGUCUUCCUCUUGGACACAUCGGGCAACUUGGAGCCACCUCGAGGAGAUUGCUUCGAUCGAGAUCUUGCCCUGGAAAGCCUCAAAGAAGAUGGCUCCAGAUUGAAGUUCUUCCCGAAGAGUUUGCGAGAAGACGCUCAGUCGGGCGGCUUUUGUGAGCCGGAAUGCAUGGAGAGAUACGAGCCCAGCGGAAACCUCUCGUGCCACUUCGGCAACCUCACGGACGUGGAUUGCCUUUUGGUGGACCGAUGCCCCGCUGGCGAGGAACGUCUCGACGCGGAGAUGGUCGAAACGCCCAGUGGGGGUUCGUGCGUGCCUUGCCCUUUGGGCACCUACAAGUCGGACGAAGGACCUGGGCCAUGCCAGGCUUGUCCCACCAACUCCUACACCAACGCCACCGGGAGGACCUCCUCGCAGCACUGUAGCUGCCCCGCGUUCUAUUAUGAGCAGCGGAAUGCGCUCGAUGAGCUGCUGUCCUGUGAGCUGUGUCCGAACCACUCCUCGGUGGUGGGAUCAGCGACGGACGGCCGACAGGACUGCCAAUGUGAUGAGGGCUACGUUGAGGUGGAAGAACACGGUGUCGAGCGGUGUCGCCCAGCAGAUCCCUGCAACGUGAGCGACCUCUUGGAGAACCUCACAGGGCCUGAGGACUACAAGCUGAAGGUUGGAAGCUGCGAUACAUAUGCUGAGACCUCCAUGCUCCCCAGCGGGAAGCAAUGCAGUCUCCUUUGUGCCGCUGGCUUGGGAGCGCAGCUGGGCUCCGACAUCUUCCGGGCCAUUGAUCUCACGAUCGCGUGCCAGGAUGGUGUCCUGGAGAGAAGACCGCCAGAGGGCUAUGUGUGGUGUUCGGAGGCGUCCUGGGAGGUGCCUCCCUUGGUCUUCUUAGGCUUAACCACGAUGGCCACCAUCCUGGGAGCAGCUGCCCUCGAGGUGCGUCAGAACCACUUCGAGCGGCAAUAUGCCAAAGCCCUUCGCGGGUGGUGA